UAACAUAGCAAAAGAAUGUGGUUUUUCUUAUAAACUAGGAAAUGACAUGCAACUUUAACACAUAAAGCUUAUUCUUUCCUUCUUCCAUGCACUAUACUCAAACUUCAUAAUACCCUUCCUAUACUUUUAUAUUUUCUUCCCUUUGCAACUUCACUACAAAAUCACAACCACAACCACAACACAUUUCUCAAACUUCAUCAUUCAUCACCUCACAAUAACCCUCACAGAAACAACAAAAUGUACGGAAACGACCACAUACCCGUCCACCAUGUCACGGGCUCGGGCCCUAACCAACACCCGAAGCCCAUAAAGCGCCAUCAUUCCACCAAAUACUACCUCCAACGUGUCCAAGACAGCCUCACAACCCGUGUCUCCAAAAUGGUCUGCACCAUCUUCUUAAGCCUCCUCGCAAUCAUCGGUCUCAUCACCUUCAUCGUCUGGCUCAGCCUACGUCCACACCGGCCCAGGUUCUUUCUCCGUGACGUCACCGUUGCGGGCCUUCAGGCCCAAUCCGGAGUCCAAGCAGCCCAACUAGCCUUCAAAGUAGAUGCGCGAAACUCCAACCUAAAUAUCGGAGUUUAUUACGAGUCUAUGGCCGGGUCGGUUUAUUACCGAAAGAACGUCAUCGGGUCAACACCGAUACCAUUUCCCUCUUAUCAGGGGCCGAAGAACACAACAAAAAUUAUCGCAGUUUUUACUGGUCCAACCUUGACGGUUAGUAGUCAAGGUUGGACGGAAAUCCAGAACGAUAGGGCUGAUGGAAGUGUGAUGUUUAGUUUGGAAUUGACGUCUGUGAUUAAAUUUAAAAUAUCCUCGUGGGAAAGCCAGCGCCACAAGAUGCAUGCUAACUGUGAUGUGGGUAUUGCAGCUAAUGGUUCUCUCUUACAUAUUUACAAAGACAAGAGGUGUCCAGUUUACUUUGCUUAAGGAGUUUAAUGGGAUUAUAAUUUCACUUAUUUGUUUUUUAAUUUGAUUAACUUUUUUUUCUUUCUUUGUCUACCAUUUUUUUCCAACUAUUUUUAAUAUUGAUUUUAUUAUUUUUAUUUAUUUUCAAAUAAUUCACUGUUGUUGAGGUUUGUAAUUAUGUUGUUUGUCUCUGUUAUUUAAUUAUCUUCAUGAUUUUUAUA